AUGCCGGGAUUAGUAGGAGGGAUACUGGAAGAUUAUGGGAAUAUUCCACAGAAGAUAGGUUUUUUUCUAGGGAAAAGAAACGGAAGUACAAUAGAAUACAUAGUUCAAAAUACAUCUCUAACAUACUCUCAGGUCAUGCAUGGCCUUUCCUUGAUGAUACAACGUAGACUUGUGAGAUACUUUCAGUACGAAAAGAAAGUCCAUUAUGUGUUGGAUGUAGAUAUGGUAUACAGGAGGAUGUAUUUUGGAAUUUAUUGUAAUCUCAUCGAGGAUAUGUUUGGAGCAGAUGCUGCAGAGAAGUUCAUGGAGGUUCUGAUAGAUGGCUUUUCUAAGGCGGAUAUCUUCUUAGAGGAAAAAAUAAGGGAGAUUAUCGAUGCUGGAAUGAUAAUCCCAAUAGGAAGAAAGGAAGCAAGUCUACUAGUUGCUGGGGCAAGAGAUCCGACAGAAUGGAUGAGAAGAGCUAGAAUGGAGAAGGAAGAGGAAAAAACGGAAAGAAAAAAUCGAAAGACAGAAGAAAUCCAAAGGUUUUAUAUUGUUGAUUUUGGCCUUCUCGAUAGCAUAUUGAUAAAUAACAUGCUCUUAUCCUUUGUUAGGAAGAGAUAUCUAUCUAAGGCUGAAAAGAUCUACAGGUCGAUUCUCAAGUGCAAUCUAGUCUCGAUCGACUCCAUAAUUGGCAGUUUUGAAGAGGAGACGAGUAUUUCUCGGGGGGACAUUACUUCAUGCAUCAAAUACUUUAGUAACUGUGGGCUGCUUCAAAAGAGCUUGGACUGCUCUGAGACUUAUUUCAAGGAUGAAGAUAGUGUAAAAGAAAUUCUUGUGGUUGACAUCUUAAACCGGAUUCUAUCAGAAAACAGUAAGGAAGGACAGAGGAUUUUCAAUAUGAUGCUAGAGUACAAAACACUGGAGGAUAAAGAUAUUGUAAUCAAAUCUCUUAUUCCUUCUUAUAUGGUCAAGAAAUCACUGAUUAUGCUUCAUUCAAAAGGGUUUGUGGUAUUAAAGCGCACGGAAUCUGGGGAAUCAAAGCCGGUCCUCCAAUGGGAGGUAAACACAGGUCGUGCAUCAAAAGUUGUUAGAGAGGAAAUUAAAGAAAUGCUGGAAGUAUCUUGGGCCUCGGUAAACCAGAGGUGGAAAUACAUAGGGCUCAAUGGAGAUGGUGAAGACGAAGGAUAUAAGGCUCUCGACCAUAUGUUAGGUUUAUCAUUAGACUUCUUUAUUCUUGGAGUUCGAAAUAUGGACUUCAAGUCUGAGAUGUUUUGA